AUGAGAGCAAAACAAGUCUGGGAGGAAAAGGAGCGGGUCUGGGUGGCGGCGGGCUGGGAGGAAGAGGAGAGGGCCUGGGUGUUGGCGGGCUGGGAGGAAGAGAAGCGGGCCUGGGUGACUGGGAGGAAAAGGAGCAGGCCUGGAGGAAGAGGAGCGGGUCUGGGUGGUGGCAGGCCGGGAGGAAGAGGAGCGGGUCUGGGUGGUGACAGACGGAGGAAAAGGAGCAGGCCGGGAGGAAGAGCAGCAGGUCUGGGUGGUGACAGACUGGGAGGAAAAGGAGCAGGCCUGGAGGAAGAGGAGUGGGCCUGGGUGGCAGCAGGCCGGGAGGAAGAGGAGCGGACCUGGGUGGCCACAGGCCGGGAGGAAGAGGAGCAGGCCUGGGUGGCCGCAGGCCGGGAGGAAGAGGAGCGGACCUGGGUGACGACGGGCCGGGAGAAGCCAGACUCCCACCAUCUGCAGGACAGGCGUUCUUCUCAGACGUGGCAGAGAUCCGAGCUCAGGAACAGGCUCGGAACGAGGCUAAGCGGCUGGAGGUUCUCAGGAGGAGGGAGAGACAGAUGGACGAGCUGGACGAGAAAAAGCAUCAGACAGGCAGGUGAGGGCGUGGCGAGUGUCCCGCAGGGGGAUGGGAGCGAGACCGACGACUGUGGAGAUCCAUCAGCUGAGGAGGACAUUAUGACAGAACAUCGUGCGAUUGCUGUGAAAAGGACAAUGUCGCUGAAGAAUCAAUGCAAAGGGAAUCCGGGUUCAACUGAAGCUCUGUGCCACGUGUAUCAAUCGGUGUUGCCUAAUUAUCUAUGUCAAAUGAAGAAAUACGUGUUUUUGGAAAAAGUUUGAAUAAACUGAGACACCUCUGCAAAAGAAAGCACGUGCUCUUUCACGAUUCGGUAACCAAGGCAUGCCGCUCUGUUCUCAAGUGGCUGUAUAUGCAGUAAACAUUUUUGUUCGUAAAA